AUGAAGGAGUCUUUAAAUGGUAACACAGGCUGGCGUCAGUCUAAGAGUUGCUGUUUGCGCCCGCUGUCACGACUGGAAAUUAUACUUCUUGUGCUUCUUUCAAUUCUGACUUUUUCCUUUAUUGGCAUUAUAUCAUGUUGGGUCAUAUUAUUUGAUGGCUACAACUUACUCUUACAACGUUGGCCAUUAUCUAGUUCCGGGAACAUUUCUUCUUCUAUAGGUGUAGAUAAAACUGCCAUUCAUCAUAAUGAUAUCGUCUGUACUUCACGAGAAUGUGUUCUAUUAUCUGGCUUUCUCGCCGGAAAUCUGAAUGAUAAAGUUGAUCCGUGUGAGGAUUUUUAUGAAUUUGCCUGUGGCAAUUACGGCUUGAACAGAAAUCUUCCGGCUAACAAGCCUCUUCGUCACACAAUCAGUGAUGUUCAGUCUCGUCUGAAUAAACAAGUCAAAAGCAUACUACAGCUUCCAGUAAACGAUCAUGAGGCGAAAUGGGAUAAAUUGGCGAAAAAAUAUUAUCAAAAGUGCUUGGAUGAAGAUGAACUUGAACAAACAGGAAGCAAAGCUGUUCUUGAGGUUCUGGAUUGGGUCGGUGGUUGGCCGACACUACAACACAAUAAUUGGACGGAAUGGAAUUAUUCAUGGGAAGAGCAAUUGGCGAUUGUAAUGAACAAGACAGGCGUCAAUGCGGUAAUACUCGAGUUAGCUGUCACUCAUGAUCCAUCAAACAGCUCGAAAUCUGUUAUUGAGUUAGAUCAACCAAAAUGGGGUAUCGGAUCGAGAUGGCCAUAUCUAGCUGGAUCGGAUGAUCCUAUGAUCAAGAACUAUACACAUCUUAUGAAGUUAACAGCAGUGGCCUUAGGUGCGGAUCCUGAAAUAGCUGAGAGAGACAUGGUGGAAGCUAUGGAACUAGAAUUGAAGCUAGUGAACUUCUCUGCUGAAGAAAUGGUUAGAAGAGAUCCAGAGAGAGGCAACAAUCGCUAUCAGCUAUGGCAAUUGAAAAAGCAUUUUCCUCUGAUUGAUUUUGAGAAGUAUAUAAGAAGAAUUUUCCAUGAUCUCGUUGAUGUUUCCCCCAAUCAUACUAUCAUCAUUCGUGAAACGGAAUAUUUCUCUGGCAUUCAGCACAUACUCAACUCUACGCCCAAGAGAGUUAUAGCCAAUUACAUAGCUUGGAGAAUAGUUCAAGGUUUUUCACCAUUCCUCCCUCCACGCUCCAGACUGCCUUUCUACCAGUUUAAAGCUAAUCAAACUGGUAUGUUCAACAGCCCUCCACCGGACAGAUGGGAAGACUGUGUGACCUUAUCAGUGAUAAUGUUGGACAUGCCUGUCGGAAAACUGUUCGUCGAGAACUUUUUCGAAAAACAAAAAGCUAUGGAAAAGAUGUCUGAGUUAACCACUUUCUUGAAAGCAGAAUUCAUAAAGCAACUUCAUAUUUUGGACUGGAUGGACAACAUUACAAGAAAAAGAGCAAUAGAAAAGGCUGGUAUGAUCGAAUAUAAAAACGGUUUUCCGGAACUAUUGUUCAAUAACUCUUGGAUGGAUGAGCAUUGGGGAAUGGCUGUGAUUGAUGAGGAGCAUCUUCUACAUUUUACAAUCCGGAUAAAGCUUACUCGAUAUACUGAAGAGUUACUUCGACUUGAUCAGACACUCGAUAGAACUAUGUGGUAUCAAAGUCCUGCACAAGUGGAUGCUUACUACGCACCAAACAACAAUGAAAUGAUAUUCCCUGCCGGAAUCAUGCAAUUCCCGUUCUUGACUAUUGGUGUUCCGAAUUAUAUUACAUUCGGAAUGGUUGGAGCUGUUAUCGGGCAUGAAGUGUCUCAUGCGUUUGAUGAUCAAGGUGGACAAUAUGAUGAGCUUGGGAAUUUAAACGAUUGGUGGGAUGCCGAAACAGCAGAAAAGUUUGCUGAAAAAACGAGAUGUUUCAUCAAUCAGUAUAGUUCUGUGAAAGUUGAGGAAGCUGGAAUUCAUUUGAAUGGACAACUGAGUUUAGGAGAAAACAUAGCGGAUAAUGGAGGAGUGAAAACAGCAUUCAAUGCAUACAAAGCAUGGAAGACUAACACAAGUGGUUCGGAGCCGGCAUUACCAGGAUUUCAAAACUAUACAAGCGAACAGAUGUUUUUUUUAGCUUACGCUAAUAAUUGGUGUUCAGUUGUACGCGCGAAACAUUACAUACAGAUUAUAAUUACUGAUGUGCAUGCUCCAAGUAAAUAUAGAGCGAUAAUACCAUUACAGAACCGGCCUGAAUUUGCUUCUGCCUUCAAAUGUUCAGCAGGCAGUACUAUGAAUCCAGAGAAGAAAUGCCAAGUUUGGUAG